GCGGCACGCUGCCCUAAGGCCUCCAGACGUCUCUCUCUCUCUCUGUUUCUUCUUCUCUCCCGCAGGCGCAGAAGAGUCCAUGAUUUCAGUCGAUCCGCCAUACCUCUGAAGGCUCUCGGUCUCAUUGGAUUGGGCGUAGGAUUCCUUAUCCUCUGCGCUCAAAUUAUUGCCUUUGUUGGUGGGUCGUAUGAAGGCGUGAUCGGUUCCCGUCGUCGCCAUGUAUAUAACGACUGCCUCCUCCUCCGCCUUCUCACUCCUGAGGGCAUCUAGGGCUCGGUUCGCCUCCUCACUGCCCUCCGUCUCGCUCUCCAGAGCAUUUGUCCCUCCGGCCCCUGGGGCGUCCCCGCUGAUCGGUCAGCAGUACCGGUCGCUCAGCUUCUCGGCUGCCGCGCGAUCCCUCCGGUUCUCCGUCCCCCGGUGGAGCCACGGCGUCGAUUGGAGGUCGCCGCUCAGCCUCCGAGCUCAGAGCAGAGCUGUAUCUCCCGUAAUCGAGCGGUUCCAGAGAAAGAUCGCUACUAUGGCUUCUGAAAAUCCUUUUGAGGGAAUCUUGACUGCCUUGCCCAAGCCAGGUGGUGGCGAGUUUGGGAAAUUCUACAGCCUUCCUGCUCUGAAUGAUCCACGGAUUGAUAAGCUGCCAUACUCUAUCAGAAUCCUUCUUGAAUCUGCUAUCCGUAAUUGUGACAACUUCCAAGUGACCAAGGACGAUGUUGAGAAAAUCAUUGACUGGGAAAAAUCUUCUCCCAAGCUGGUAGAAAUCCCCUUUAAGCCAGCUCGUGUACUCUUGCAGGAUUUUACUGGGGUGCCAGCAGUUGUGGACCUUGCUUGCAUGCGUGAUGCCAUGAACAAAUUGGGAAGUGAUUCAAAUAAGAUCAACCCAUUGGUUCCUGUUGAUCUUGUCAUUGAUCAUUCUGUUCAAGUUGAUGUUGCCCGUUCAGAAAAUGCAGUGCAGGCAAAUAUGGAGCUUGAAUUCCACAGGAACAAGGAAAGGUUUGCUUUCCUUAAGUGGGGUUCCACGGCUUUCCACAACAUGCUCGUUGUUCCUCCUGGUUCUGGCAUUGUGCAUCAGGUCAAUCUUGAAUAUCUUGGACGGGUUGUUUUCAACACUGAAGGCAUGCUCUAUCCUGACAGUGUUGUGGGCACAGAUUCACAUACCACUAUGAUUGAUGGUCUAGGAGUUGCUGGUUGGGGAGUUGGAGGUAUUGAAGCAGAGGCAACAAUGCUUGGCCAGCCAAUGAGCAUGGUCUUGCCCGGUGUGGUUGGGUUCAAACUGUCUGGAAAGUUACGGGAUGGUGUUACAGCAACUGACUUGGUUUUGACUGUAACGCAAAUGCUGAGGAAACAUGGAGUUGUUGGAAAAUUUGUUGAAUUCUAUGGGGAUGGUAUGGGUGAACUUUCAUUGGCUGACAGGGCUACUAUUGCCAACAUGUCCCCUGAGUACGGUGCAACCAUGGGAUUUUUCCCUGUUGAUCACGUUACUUUGCAGUACCUUAAAUUGACUGGAAGGAGUGACGAUACAGUGGUAAUGAUUGAAGCCUAUCUGCGUGCAAAUAAAAUGUUUGUUGAUUAUAGUGAGCAGCCCCAACAAGAGAGGAUCUACUCGUCUUACCUAGAGCUGAAUCUUGCGGACGUUGAGCCUUGUAUUUCUGGACCAAAGAGGCCUCAUGAUCGGGUUCCUUUGAAAGAUAUGAAAGUCGAUUGGCAUUCCUGUCUAGAUAACAAAGUGGGAUUCAAGGGCUUUGCAAUACCAAAAGAGGAACAAGAUAAAGUGGCAAAGUUUUCUUUCCAUGGGCAGCCUGCAGCACUAAAGCAUGGAAGUGUAGUGAUUGCAGCUAUAACGAGCUGCACUAACACUUCGAACCCCAGUGUCAUGCUUGGUGCUGGUCUUGUCGCUAAGAAGGCUUGUGAACUUGGAUUGCAGGUCAAGCCAUGGGUAAAAACAAGUCUUGCACCAGGCUCUGGAGUUGUCACAAAAUACCUACUCCAAAGUGGCCUGCAAAAGUAUCUAAACGAGCAAGGCUUCAAUAUUGUUGGAUAUGGAUGCACUACCUGUAUUGGAAAUUCUGGAGAGUUGGAUGAAACAGUUGCAUCUGCCAUUUCUGAAAAUGAUAUUGUUGCGGCGGCCGUUCUUUCUGGGAACCGUAACUUUGAGGGCCGUGUUCAUCCUUUGACCAGAGCCAAUUACCUUGCUUCUCCUCCGCUGGUGGUUGCCUAUGCUCUUGCGGGCACGGUUGACAUUGACUUUGCAAAAGAACCAAUUGGAAAAGGCAAGGAUGGUAAGGAUGUCUACUUCAAAGAUAUCUGGCCAUCAAAUGAGGAAGUUGCACAGGUUGUCCAAUCAAGUGUCUUGCCUGACAUGUUCAAGAGCACUUAUGAAGCUAUCACCAAGGGCAAUCCCAUGUGGAACCAGCUCUCCGUUCCAGAAUCGUCCUUGUACUCAUGGGAUCCCACCUCGACCUACAUCCACGAACCUCCAUACUUCAAGAACAUGACCAUGGAUCCUCCUGGGGCUCAUGGAGUGAACGAUGCUUACUGCUUGCUGAACUUUGGUGACAGCAUUACAACAGAUCAUAUCUCCCCAGCUGGAAGCAUCCACAAGGAUAGUCCUGCAGCCAGGUAUCUCCUUGAGCGUGGAGUGGACCGGAAGGACUUCAAUUCAUAUGGCAGUCGACGUGGAAAUGAUGAAGUGAUGGCAAGGGGAACUUUUGCUAACAUCCGCAUCGUUAAUAAGCUUUUGAAUGGCGAAGUAGGUCCGAAGACGGUUCACAUUCCCACAGGAGAGAAACUCUACGUGUUCGAUGCAGCAAUGAAAUACAAGACUGCUGGACACGACACCAUAGUUCUGGCAGGAGCAGAGUAUGGGAGUGGAAGCUCUCGAGAUUGGGCAGCCAAAGGUCCGAUGUUGCUGGGAGUUAAAGCAGUGAUUGCCAAGAGCUUUGAGAGAAUUCACCGGAGCAACUUGGUCGGGAUGGGAAUUAUUCCUCUAUGUUUCAAGGCUGGUGAGGAUGCAGAUACUCUGGGUUUGACUGGGCAUGAGCGAUACACAAUUGACCUCCCGAACAACAUCAAGGAUAUUAGGCCCGGUCAGGACGUGACUGUCACCACUGACACUGGAAAAUCCUUUACCUGCACUGUCCGUUUUGACACCGAGGUGGAGCUGGCCUACUUCAAUCACGGAGGAAUUCUGCCUUAUGUCAUCAGGAAUUUGGCGAGCAAAUAAGUAUUUAGUCUGUCGGUGUUGGAUAUUCAUCAGCUCCCUCCGUUUAGUCUGUCGGUGUUUGGAUAUUCAUCAGCUCCCUUUUUCACUUGUAAUAUGGCAGGGAAGAAAAUAAUGUCUCCAGAAGGAAGGCAAAACCCUUUCAUGUGGGACAGAAGAAGGUUUUUGUUUUUGUGAGGGACACGGGCAGACGCAUUCGAUCUGCCUCGGGGGGGAACAGAUUUGUAUUUCUCAUCGAAUUUCUUUGUCUCCUGUAUCCGGUGGUUGCUUUCUUGUUUAGAUGCGGGAUGAAUCAAAUGAUCUCGGCUGUUUCCCUUCU